GUCAAAAGCCAAACGUAAUGAUUCCAAAUUUUUCUCCCAUUUUGUCCUCUAAUAAUUUUGGGAUUUAGAAAGGUCCAAGAAUUGCUUUUUAAUGCCCUUUUCCAAGCCAUUCCUCUGCACCACAGUGAACCCACCAGCUUUUGGAUUCUCCAUCCUCCUGAACAUUGAGAUCAAUCCCAUCUGGAGUUCGCCUGAAGCUUUUGCUUCAAAGCAAGAAAUCUGCAGCUAUGAAGGAAAUGGCUCAAACUAGGAGGCUUAAUAAGGAAUGUGAAGAGCCAACAUUUGGUGUUGGAAGCAUUGGCAAAGUAAGAGUUCUCAUGAUGCAAGAGUUGGAUUCCGUGUCUUCUAAAAGAAGACCUACCAAUGCUACUGUGCCAGUUUCAGUCUACUGUUGUGAGAAAAGAAAAAGAUCAGUACAAGUCAAGAAGACUAAAUCUGAUCAGAGAAACAGCACUAGUACUGGUUGCAAAAGCAGCAAUUUAAGCAGUGAUAAAAGAAUAUCAUCAGGAAUAAGCAGUCGAAAGAAAGUUCAUCAUCAAAGUCCAUCUGCUCAAUCCAUUCCUAUGUUGGAAUCAGAAGACAUUUCUCUGGAAAGAACUCCAGCCACAGGCUGUCAAGAGAGGCGAAAAACUCGAAUAGUCGAAAUUGUGGAUCUAAAAUGUGGGAAUUCUGAGAAAGGAUGGUCUUCUCCUAUUACUGAUCAGCUCAGAAGGCUCAGUUUCUCAAAGCUUUCUGAUUGAUCUUGCAACUUUUUCAUCAAAAUCUAUUCAACUUGUUAAAUGGUACUGCAGAGCUGAUGAAUGCUCCUGAAAAGCAAGCCAUUUGUAAUAGAUUUAACAAGUCACAUUCGCUUUUUGUGCAUGUCACAAAAUUGUAAAAGGGAUUUGUCAAGCAAUGUCAUUUCCAGGAUAUUUUCAUGGAGACAGCUUAUACGCAUUCUUAUUUCAAAUAAUUGGAUCAAUGUGCAA